GGCAGUCCGAGGACUGCUGCCCAGAAGAAAAGAUGUUUGGUUUUCACAAGCCAAAGAUGUACCGAAGUAUAGAGGGCUGCUGUAUUUGCAGAGCUAAGUCCUCCAGUUCUCGAUUCACCGACAGUAAACGCUAUGAAAAGGACUUCCAGAGCUGUUUUGGGUUGCACGAGACUCGCUCAGGAGACAUCUGCAACGCCUGUGUUCUGCUUGUGAAAAGAUGGAAAAAGCUGCCAGCAGGAUCAAAGAAAAACUGGAACCACGUGGUAGAUGCGAGGGCAGGACCCAGUCUGAAGACCACACUGAAACCAAAGAAAGUGAAAACCCUGUCUGGAAACAGGAUGAAAAGCAACCAGAUCAGCAAAUUGCAGAAGGAAUUCAAGCGUCACAAUUCUGAUGCUCACAGUACCACCUCAAGUGCCUCUCCAGCUCAGUCUCCUUGUUACAGUAACCAGUCAGAUGAUGGCUCAGACACAGAGAUGGCCUCCGGCUCCAACAGGACACCGGUUUUCUCCUUUUUAGAUCUUACAUACUGGAAAAGACAGAAAAUAUGUUGUGGGAUUAUCUACAAAGGCCGCUUUGGGGAAGUCCUCAUUGACACACACCUCUUCAAGCCGUGCUGCAGCAAUAAGAAGGCGGCUUCCGAGAAGCCCGAGGAGCAGGGCUCCGAGCCGCUGCCCAUCUCCACUCAGGAGUGGUGACUGAGGUUCGCACACAAGGGGGACAAGACUCAGAAGACCACAGACCAACGAACUGACUCCUGUUUGCAACUCAGAUACCUGCUGUUCUGCCAAAAGACAUUUCCUAGAAUAGUUUUGAAUGGGUUAUUUCCCCCCAGUUCCACCAAACUCUGAAGCCAGUGUCUAGCUUACUAAAAGAAAAGUGUACAUAAUAUUUAAGAUGCUGAGUAUUUCAUAGGAAAGCUGAAUGCUGCUGUAAAGUGCUCUUUAAGUCUUUUUUUUUUUUUUUUUAAAUCCCCUUCUAA